GAUGAUUUUGAAAAAGAUACAUUAGAAGCAUUAAAAGCUCCUAAGGAGAAGGAGAAUCGCCACUUGUCCUUUUUUAAAGGCAUACUGCCAUCUAUAGAAGAUUUUACCGAACUUCAGACCCUGACUUUCCAAACAAAAGUUUUACAACUAAUCACGGAAAUGCGCUAUGGACAAUCGACUCCACAUUCGUCCUUUGCGUUUGAAGAGCAAUUAUCACACGGGUAUCAAAAACCCGAAAUUACCAAAGUACGGGUACGUACAGUUCAAUAAACUCAAAUUCUGCUGUAUUUCAAUCUCCAAAUCAAGGUUCUGAAGUGUCUCAAAAUAGCGAAGAGAUUGAAUAUGACUUUGCAAACAUGUAAGUGAUAAUAUUGCCCUGAAGUUGAUUUGAAAAUCUAUUAUAAUAUAUAAAACAAAGUCGUGUGUGUUACACCAUUUGUACUUAACUCGAAUAAAGCAAGUUGAAAAAAUAAAAGAUUUUCAUUACCGUAGAAUGCUACAACUUUGCCUUUCGUGGACAACAUUGCCUAUUUUUUUUGGACUACGAUGUCUAAUCUUUCCAUAAUAUUUUCUCAGUUUCUACCAUUUGGAUAUAAUUUUAUUUAAGUUGGCAACAUUAUCUUUAUUUUUUUAGAGUGGUAACAUUUAUAUUGUGCUGACAGUUGAGGAAAAAGGUCCGUACGGCGAAUGUGCAGAAUUUUAGUGCUCGACAACUUUUAGUGUUCCGGUGUGAAAAAAAGGUGUUUUUAAAAGAAAUAGGUCCCCAGGACGUAUGAAGAUGAAAAAAGCUAAAAAACGAAGUAGGAGAAAAGUGGGUUCUCGAAGUUAUGCUGAUUAUUCUCAAGAAUCAUUAAAAGUGGCUGCUGAUCUUGUGCGAGAUAAAGCUAUCUCUUCAUACGAAGCAGAAAAGCAGUUUGGGAUUCCACGCCGGACGAUUUUAAAUAAAGCCAAAAGCAUUCAUGACAAACCGGUCGGUCGACCUACAGAGUUAUCGACCGAAGAAGAGGCUCACAUUGCAGAAGCAGUGAAUGUCUCAGCUAGAUUUGGAUGUCCGCUUAGUUUAUUAGAUUUGCGUAUUGUAGUAUUUCACUACCUUUCGAAAAUCGGAAAAACUCAUCUAUUUGAUGGUAAAAUGCCUGGUGAACGUUGGGCUCAUCUGUUUUUAGAACGACACAAUUUUUCGCAAAGGGCAACACAAAACAUCAAAAGAAGCCGUGCUGCAAAAACUGUUGAAGAAAUGAACGAGUACUACAGCAAUCUCGAAACUUCGCUGAAGGAUGUUCCCGAUACCAACAUACUCAAUUUCGAUGAAACAAAUUUGAGUGAUGAUCCGGGGUCAAAAAUGUGUAUUUUUAAAAAAGGUACAAAGCACCCAGAAAGGGUUAUGAAUGCCAGCAAGAGUGCAGUAUCGAUCAUGUUCAGCGUAACUGCUAAUGGAGAUUGCUUGCCGCCGUACGUCGUCUAUAAAGCAGAUCAUUUAUGGGCUAGGUGGUGCGAAAAUGGACCAAAAAAUGCUCGAUACAAUCGCACCAAAUCGGGAUGGUUCGAUAUGAUGUGUUUCGACGAUUGGUUCAAGACUAUUGUACUGCCUUGGGCAGAUACAAGAGAUGGUGUGAAAGUCAUAGUGGGGGACAAUUUAGCAUCGCAUUUAAGCAUUGAAACAAUUCAAUUGUGUCAAACCCACAAUAUAAGAUUCGUUUUUCUUCCUAAAAACGCUACCCACCUCACUCAACCUCUGGAUGUUGCAUUUUUUGGUCCUUUGAAGCGAAAAUGGCGAGAAAUCUUAACUAAUUAUAAAGCUUCAUACAAAAACACAAACUCAAUCAACAAAUGUCAUUUCCCACAGCUGCUACAAGACCUAAUGAACAAAAUAGAGAUGACAAAAGAAAAUAAUAUUCGAAAAGGUUUUGAAGGUUCUGGAAUAUUCCCUUUCAAUCCAUCAAAGGUGACUAUUAAAAUUCCUACAGUGGACGAAAAAAAUAUUCACCAAUUUGAUUCCUGCCUUUUGGAAUUCCUAGAAAGCAAUAGACAAACACGGACAUUAAAAACAGGUCAUAACAGCAAGCUCCAAGUGACACCUGGUAAAUCGAUAUCCACAGAAGAAGCCGAAGAGAUAGCUAAAGCUAAAAAGGUAAAAGAACAAAACAAAGAGAAGAGAGACACAAAACAAAAAGAGAAAAAAGACUUAAAUCAAAAAGAAAAAAAAGAAUUGAAACCUACAGAUAAGAAACAAUUAAGUAUACCAGGACCAUCGAAAUUAAGAUUUGUUCAAAUGAACGAUGUAUGUCAAACUAAUAGUAUUGAAUUACAAAAUAAAACAUCAGCGGUAAAAGAGAAGAAGGACUCAAGUUUACCGAAACCAUCUAAACUCAGGUUUGUUAAGAUGAAAGAUAAAAAAAAGCACACCUUCAUAGAGAACAAGAAACGAAUUCUGCGUAUGAUAUAUUUGAGCUUGAUUAUGACACUACAUUUAAAGACAUUGCGGCAUUAGAUACGAGGAAUUUAUCGUUGGGGCUCAUAACACCGGACAGUCUCUCUGGACUUUGUACAAAUGUCAUAAACAUUCACUUGCAGAAUUUUGAUUCCAAUGAGAAAAUGCAUUCAUCCUUUCUUCUAUUCAGGCAGUGUUCAUGUCAGAAUUUUUUGAAAUACUAAAAAAUUCUGACAUGAACACUGCUUUUUGCGGGAAACUACCAGAAUGCCUGAAUAGAAGAAGGAUGAAACUUCAAAAAAAAAUACAUCGAAGAUAACGAUCACAUCUACUAGAACUAUCAAAGAAGCUUCCCCUCCGAAAAGAAUGAUUUUACAUGAUAUGGAUGCAAAAAAUAAAUAAUUGUAAAAAAAGGCGAGCUAAUACUGCAGAUAACCUGAUUAAAAAGAGACGUUUUCAUGAUAGCGACUCCAGCGAAAUAUCGGACGUUUCUUUUCAUGCUGACACAGAUGAAUCUGAAUAUGAAAAUCUUGAUGAGUAUGUUGCAAAAUGUUUGGAAAAACAAGAAGACGACAGAUUUGAAGUAGAACAACAAGAAAACAUAAGUCCUUUUGGAUUCAGUGAUAUUAAAUUCUACAAUGAAGAUCCUGUUAACUUUGAAAACGGCAACUGGAUAAUUGUAAAAUUUGCGACAAAAAAAAGUGUCAAGCAUUUUGUAGGGAUAGUUUUGUCAUUAAAUGGCAAAAUCCCAAUGGUUAAAUUCGCAAGAAAAGUAAAAACAUCAAAAUGUGAGAAGGGAACAGUUUUUACAUACCCCAAUGUUGACGACAUUUGCACAGUGUCAGAUUUAAAUUAUAUUGUUGCCGUUUUGCCAAAACCGCAAACUACUCGGCGGGGGCAAUUCAUUUUUAAACAAAGGUUUAAUGAGUUUAAUAUACAGUAACCUGCUUGUUUCUAUUUUAAAUGUUUCUAUUUUAUUUUUUCAAUUUAAAUGUAAUCUAGAUAAGGGCAAUUUUUGAUCUCAUUUUUACAAUAAUAGGUAGGUAAUAGUCGUUUAAAAAUAGAA